AUGUUAUCUUCUCAACGUCGCAUUACAGAAGUUCAAGCCCAUGAGAUAGAUUUGGCAGAUGAUAUUGGGCUCAAUCAGAAAUCUUCUUUUAAUUUGAUGAGCAGACAAGUUGGAGGAAGAGAUGGCAUUGGUUACACUAUAUUGGAUGCUAAGAAUUAUCUUCGUACUGAGAGACAAAGAAGCAUGGUAUAUGGUGAAGUCGGUUGCCUAUUGAAAUACUUUCAAGAUAAGCUAUCCAAAAAUCCAUCAUUCUAUCAUGCGAACCAAAUGGAUAUGGAAGAGCAUAUAACUAAUGUUUUUUGGGCAGAUGUAAGAAUAUUGACUGACUAUGAGUACUUUGGCGAUGUUAUGUCAUUAGAUACCACUUAUUGUACUAAUCGUGAUAAUAGGCCCCUUGCCGUGUUCUCAGGUUUCAAUCAUCAUAGAAGAGCUGUGAUUUUCGGUGCAUCACUUUUGUAUGAUGAAACAAUAGCUUCAUUUAAAUGGUUGUUUGAAACUUUUUUGGAGGCACACAAACACAAAAUGCCUCUGAUUGUCUUUACCGAUCAAGAUCAAGCUAUGGCAAAAGCUUUGCACGAGGAAGGAUCGUGCUUCUUGACAGAUUUUAAAAGGUGUAUAUAUGGCUUUGAGGAUGAGGCCAAGUUUGAGGAGGCUUGGAGUAACUUAUUGACACAGUUUAAUCUCCAUGACAACAUGUGGUUGAAACAUAUGUACAGCGUGAAGAAUGAGUUCAUCUUGUUUGCAGCUGCAUAUAUAGAGCAUAAAGAUGAGUCAGGAUCAUUAUUCGAAUAUGUCAUCAGACUAAUCAAUCAUGAUGGAGAAUGGAGGGUGACCUAUGAUCCUAGUACAAAGAUGAUUCACUGUAGUUGUCGAAGGUUUGAGAUUAUAGGAUUGAUAUGUUGUCAUUCUGUGAAAGUGUUUGAUGUGUUAGACGUGAAGUUGCUUCUAGAGAAUUAUAUUCUUAAAAGAUGGACAAGAGAAGCUAGAACUAGUGUAGUGCACGACUAUGUAGGCAAUGAAGUUGAAGAAAAUUCUGAAUUUCAAAGUGUUGAGCGGUAUAGGAGACUAUGUCAAAUGCUUAUAAGGUUGGCUAAUGAAGCUUCUGUUCACCAAUCAACCUUCUCCUUGGUGCAUGAAACGAUGCCUGGUCUCUAUAAAAAGGUAAUGGAAAUGUGUUCAAAAGAAGAUGACCAAGAAAAUAGGAACAAUGCGAAGAUUUCCUCAGUUGUCUCUCAUAUGAUGGUAUCAAAAGCAUUCAAGAAAAAAGUUGGUUCAAAAGGUUCUAAACGAUUGAAGAGUUGGGUAGAACUUCAACCAAAACGAAGGAAACCAAAUCAUAAAGUACAAGUUGUUGGAGCACAAAAUUCAUUGCAUAUUGCUAGUCCGGCACUUCCAACAUCUAAUGCAUGCCUUGAAAGGACUGGAAAUUAUUUAAGUUUAACUGAAUUGUUAACGCAUGCACAUGUUUCAUUGAUCCAAUUAUUCGAUGCAGCACUAAAUGGAGCUCUGGAGGCACAUCUAGCAUCAACUAUCAAGAUCAUUGAAAUUCAUGCUUGUACUUUUUGA